AUGACAGAUCCUAAAAUCGUCCAGCCCUUCGACCCAGGAACAUCUCCACCAGACUCGGAGUCUUGUCCCUUCUGCAAUAUAUCCAAUUCCUUCAUCCCCUACGACCCCGAACAUCCUCCCUCAAAAUCUCCCGCCUUAGAUCCGUUUAAGCUCGCGCCUCCAGCCUUCGUCGUCCUCUCUACACCCACGCUUGUCGCCUUCCUCGACAUACUGCCUCUGUCCGCAGGCCAUUUACUACUAUGCCCGCGAUCCCACCGGCCUAAGCUAACAGACGUGACACCAUCCGAAGCAGCCGAGUUAGGCGUAUACCUACGUGUGCUAUCCGCGGCGUUAGUACGAGCCACAGGCGUUCCCGAUUGGAACGUCGUGCAGAAUAACGGUGCAGCCGCCGCACAGGUAGUCAAUCACGUCCACUACCAUCUGAUCCCGCGCCCGGAGAUCCGCGCCAGUGGGCGGUUCAGGGAGAGCUUUACUAUGUUUGGGCGGGGUACGCGCGAAGAGCUGGACGACGAGGAGGCCGAGGCACUGGCUGAGAAAUUGAGAUUGAGUAUCGCGCUAGUGCUAGAAGAAGAGUCUAGGAAAGGGAGAUUAUGA